GACAUUCCUCACGAUUCUAUUUGCGACUGGUGUGUUUGCGUGCAGUCUCCCAUGAAGAUGAAGUCUGCAGGCAUGGUGGACGGAAGCUUGUUCACAGAAAGUUAUUGCAACAUAUGCAAUGCCCAGCUCAUCUCUGAGUCCCAGCGCACGGCACACUAUGAGAGCAAGAAACAUGCCAACAAGGUGCGUCUGUUUUAUAUGCUUCACCCAGAAGAUGGAGGGCCACCUUCAAAGAGACUGAGGCCGGACAAUCCGGAUUGCGACGAGACAGAGGUGGACAAGAACAAGUGCUGCACCUUGUGCAACAUGUUCUUCACCUCCGCCAUCGUGGCUCAGUCCCACUACCAGGGAAAAACCCACGCCAAGAGAGUCCGCCUGGUGCUAGGUGAGACUCCCAGCAGCCCCGCAGCCUUGACCACGCAGCCUACCAAUGCAGAUUCCUCCCCUUCAACCCCGCUGCCUUCAGACCCCAUGGCUUGCCCCCCUCCCCCAUCCGCGCCGGUGGUCAGCGGCAACGGCGGAAAAGAAGCCGGCAAGUACUGCUGCUUGUGCGGAGCCUGGUUUAACAACCCGCUAAUGGCCCAGCAACACUACGAGGGCAAGAAGCAUCGCAGGAACGCCGCCAGGGCACGCCUGGUGGAGCAGCUAGCGGGGAGCCUGGAUGCCACGGAGAGCACAGGGCUGCGCAGUAGUUACUCCUGCAGCGUCUGCAGCGUGGUCCUCAACUCCAUCGAACAGUACCAUGCACACCUCCAGGGCUCCAAACAUCAGAACAACCUGAAGCAGCAACAGCAGUGAGCCGCUCAAGAAAGACGUGUGGAGUUAGCGGACUUCAGAAAUCCUGCCAUAUGUCACAAACCGAACAGCGUGUGUGUUUAUUUGUGUGUGUGUGACUGUCCGAGACAUCCGUCCGCACAUCGGCAACAUGCGCGCGUGACUUUUUUCAUUUCCGUGACCUAACAUGAGAUUUAUUCUGCACCCAAGUGUUUGACAUGAGUUGUUUGCCGACGGCCACCGCAAGCUAUGUGGCUGUGGACUGCCAUAUAAAAUAAAUAGUAAGAAUAAUACGAAUAAUGAUAAUAAAAAAUAAAAAAUAAAAAAACAACUCGUGUGAAACAGGCCUGGAUUCUAACGAUGUCAAUGCCCAGAAUGUUCCUUCCAGUAAAGCAUAAAAUAUUUAUAUGCUGGCCAAAUGUUCAGUGAAAGUGAUAUACUUUUUGACGAACGGGUGUCUUUUUUGCUAAGAUUUUGUUUUGUUUGCUAUAUUAAAUAUAUAUUUUUUAAAAAUUGACUUCAUUAGCAUUUUAUUCACAUUUGUCAUCAAGUUCCUUAUCUGGAAAUGAUUCGUACCCUUUCUACGUACAAGCAUACCCAAUGACCAAAACGUAUCAAUGAUUGGAAUGCUUUGAUAAUAUAGCAAAUAGUGGCCAGGGACGUUUAUUUCCUCAACUGCAGACAUGUGGAGGCGUUCAUUUUCCGGUGUGUCAUUAGGGGGAAGCAUUUUUUUGGAAAAUAUUAAAUAUUUACCGAUACAUUACAAUUCCAUCCAAGUGACACGUUAAAAGGACUAUUAAAGUGUAAAUGUAAUGAAAAGAGCUGCUUAUGUUUUGAUACUUGGUGAAGCAGCAUUUGGCUUUUGACUCAAGGCAAUUGUUGUUUGCUUGGUUUCAAAUAACUAAACUGGGGAUGUCCCCCAUCACAUUUUGGCACCUGAGUCCUGAUGCUGUGCAAGCACGCUAUAAAAAGUUGCAAUUUAAAUAAAUGACAUUUUUGUGCAAUCUCUGCACCUUUCUGCCCCUUUUCUUUUUCCACUCCACCACACAAAAACAAAAUGUUUCACUGCGUAAUGUAAAAUUAAGAUAUUGCCGUUCCAUGUGGCAAUAUCUUUGUACCUCAGGAUUAUUUUUGUUUUCUUUCUGACCUUUAAAUAUUAAGAAGAAUCGAAUGAUCUCUUUCACCCGUAUCGUCGCUGCAGAACAGGAUGAGGAUAAGCGGCACAAAAAAAAAAAAAAAGAAUGGCCAAUUGGGAAUAUGAAGAAAUAUCAGGACGUUGAAAAAUAAAAAAAGGAUUUUUUUUUGUCAUUAGCACUUUUUGCUACUUUCCAACCAACAGAAACCCAAUCAACAGUGUCAUUUGAACUUUUCAUUUGGCCAGUGUAUGAAUAAUCUGGUUUUAACCGUAUCUUUGGCCAUCAAACAGCAUUUGGAUGCUGAUGCAGUUCUCACUUUCGGGCUCCUUCUCACAUCACGCGACAACCACUCAGGCCCACACAAUUAAAAAAAAAAAAAAAAAAUCAUGGACAAGAAAAGCCCCAAUGACCUCAGUUUACAUGAUAACAUGGCAUUGUGUGACAACAAGUACAGCGGAUGGAAGGGACGCCAACCAAAUAAUUGAUCGAAGCUCCAUUGUUGAGGUGAUUCUGCCUUGGAUUAAUGGCAGCAGAUCGACAAAAAAGCAGCACAAAAAUGACUUUUCAACUGGAAGCUCGUGUUGAAGUUCGUGAAAACAUUCCUACAGAGCUGAAUAUUGAUGUCAGAAAGCAGUCCGGAGGCAAAAAAAAAAAAAAAACUGCCCUGGUCUGCCGAAUAGGGCAACGUGUAUUCUAACUUUUUUUUUCUGUUACCAGAGCCAGAGGAAAAACAUCACUUGCAAACUAUGUAGCAAUCAUUGUGUAAUGAUACUGUAUCUCAAUGCAUGGAAAAGGUUGCAUUCACUUGCUUUUUUUUUCUUUUUUUUUUUCUUCUUCUUUUGCGUAGAUUGCUUGCACAUUUUGGCAAUAGUGCUGCUCUCUGGUGGUUAGCUUAAUGACGCAUUAUGGCUCACACCUCAGUGACAAAAAUGGCAAAUUUUAGUACAGAUUAACCUCUGUUUCUUUAACAGGGGCACCUUUUGAUACCUGAACUGUCGACAUUGUGUAAAAGUCAUCUUAUCAGAGUGUCCGUCAAGUGAAUUUUGAAUUGUUUGUAGCACUUUAAGGAGGGGGGGGGGGGGUUCCACUUUUCCUGUGCUGUUGCUACACGGUCUGAUAUUCGCCAAGAGUUCGAGUGGAGGACCGAAAUGGCACACGACUACACUAAGCUACUAUUCUUUUCUUUUCGGAUGAGUUCUGUUUCACUCAUUCCCAAAAUAAAAAAAUAAAUGUUUUUGCUUUGUGCAUUCUGUGAGAGAAGCAUGAACUACAAAUGACCUUCUGUAAAUUAGACUGUUCUGAAGCAACAAAAAAAA